UGACACAAUAUGUUACUCACCUGACCAUUUACUCAUGAAAUACUUCACUCAGUGCACUGAUGCUGGCCGGUUCAAAUUUGUUUUUGGCCUGACGUGUUCACUUUCACGAAUUUAUAAGCAACUACAUGUACAAUGUUUACCAUGCGUACUAUGUUAUGUACACGCGUACUAUGACCGCUUAUUACAGCACAUUAUGAAACAGCAUUGUACAACAGGCACGUGUCAAAAGAGGUUAUACAACCAAGUCACGUGACACGCGCACCCAUGCAUACAAUCAAACACAAUGCACGUGUUUUUAUACAGCCUGAUAAUAAGAAGGCCGUUUGUGCCAUGUACGCCGUACAAUUGCACCGAAGCCUUAGAGCAAGAAUAUGCCUUAGUAUAACUGCUACUAAGGUGAUUCGGACACAGGUCAACAUGUUCUCUGCAGCAAAAACUCUCGUGGCAACACUAGAGUCGCCAAGUUACAAAGUCGAACCCCAAGACCCUAAGAACCCCCUGCCUUAUGAGGUCCGGAACUAUGAGAAAUCCACCUGGGUGACAACAUCAGAAUCCAGCAUUGAAGACCCGUUAACAGAUACACAGUCCAAGAAGAGCAGGUCUAUGUUCUUUCAACUCUUCAAUUACAUCUCAGGCAAGAAUGAAAAAGAUCAGAAGAUAGAGAUGACGGUACCAGUACUGAAAAAGAUCACCCCCGGAGCAGGCCCCUUUUGCAAAACAACAAAAGAAAUGUCGUUCUAUGUCACCCAGGAGUUCCAAGGAGAUCCCCCUGUACCCUCAGAUAAGGAUGUCUAUGUGACACACCUCCCAGCCCACCGGGUGGUUGUCAAAACCUUCAGUGGUUACACCUCCGAGGCUAAAGACCUGGCGGAGGCGACUGCGCUGGCCGAGCUGACCCAAGAUAAGUACGAGCUGGAGCAGGAUUUCUACUUUACAGCUGGGUACAACAGCCCGUGGAGGCUUAUCGGGAGGCGCAAUGAGGUCUGGUUUGUCGUCAAGGGGGAGAAACAGGGCGGAGAGGUGACAAACGGUGCUGUUCAGAAUGGAGCACCUGCUGUGGGCUCGGCAGUGGAUAAACCUGCAGAACAAGCUGCUGAAUAAUGGAAUAGUGCACUCUAGAGGCAGAUCUUUUAAUAAGGUCGUUAUUAAAGGAGGAGAAUUCUAGCAAAUUUGAUCAACGUGCCAUGCCGUUUCGAUGCAGAAGUAUGAAAUUUGAACAGUUGUUAAAAUACAGGGUGACCCC